ACCCCUGGCUUACAUUACGAGGAAUUAACGAAAAUAAAUUUCACAAAUUGGCAAGAAAGGCGUUGCGAAUUGUCAAACUAAAGCCUUGUUAAAUUAGCAGAUAUAUCCAGCAGUAAUCGGGCCAAAUGCCGUACAUAAUCAUACGGGGGAACCUAGCCUCCUACAGCCACAAAUAUCCAUGGAGGGUGCUCGUCUCCGGGUUGAAAGCUGACGACAUCGAGCAGUUGAACAAGUUCUCCUGCGGCGGCUACAGCGACGAGUCCACCAUCGUCUACCUAGUGCACCCUUGUCGGAUUCUAUCGGCGCUAGAAAUCCUGGGAUUUCGCGUAGUGGCCAGCUCAUCGACUGCCGUGAAGCAGGACUACAACGAGUACAUGUGGACGAUGCGCAAGGAGUUCGACGAACCAGAACCCUUGGAAGCCGAGUCCGUAGUGCGAGAGAAUCUAUCGAAUAUUGGCCGCGAGGCAGCCAGUUUAGGCAACUAUCACAAGGUGGAUUCGCCUGAAUAG